UUUAAUAGUAAAAAUAUUGGCCAUUCUGCGACGUCCACUUUGAAGGCCGUCGAGUCGGGAAGGAGUAGUCGAAUCUAGGUUACUAUCCCGAUAAAUACCGAAUCCCGUGCCGUGUCCGACGCACAGCAUCGCCGUAGUCCGUCGUCGACAGCUUCGGUAUCUAUCUACUUAUAUUAACGUACGUUAAAUUAAAAUUGUUACGUUUUUUUAUUUUUCAAAACAUUUCAUUUCGUUUCGUACACAUUAUAUCUACACACGCUCAAACCGCGGAGGACUUUCACUCGUAAUCGCUUAAUAUUUUGUGAUCGUAUACACCGAGGUAAUAUUAUAUUAUUAUUAACUAUCAUCAAUCAUAUAUCUUAUCGAUAUCAUACCUACCUUACAAACUCUCCACUUACUACAAAUAUAAAGUAGGUACCUCCCGGCUUUUUUAAUAAUGUCGUAACUCUGCCUGGUAUGAAUAACAUUUUUUCGGCCGAUCCUAUAAGUAUUCGAAUAUCUUAUAAAAAAUGUAUCGUAAAUAAAUAUUUCUUAUAAAAUAAUAAAAAAUGAUGUGUUUUAAUGUCAAAAUAAUUUUUUUUUUAUACACUUUUGAUAUACCAUGUUUACCAUAAUAAUAUUAUGAAGAUUACCUAUAGGGGAAGGUAGAGGCCUCGCCCACCCUCAGACUAUAGACUAUACAAACGUUUUUGCUUCCAUAUAAAUAAUUAUUUGUUUACACAAUAUAUAAUUUACAAUUUUCAAGAAAGAUAAGCGAAGAAGAGCGAUAAAUAAUUUUUUUGGCGGUACUGUGAUGUAUUUGUAUUUAUUAUUUUUUUCUGGUUUUGAACAAAUUGUCUACCAAAUAUCUUAUUCCAAUCAAAAAAUAAGUUAGCAAUGAUUUAUCGAUGCUUAAAGAUAUAAACUAAAAAACCUUAUUAUGUGUCUUACCUUCUCAAUUUCCCACCAACAAUAGUGUCUCCACACACCCCAAGCAUUACCCUUUUUUUCUUUUUUUUUUUACUUAGUACCUAGUAAUUUUUUUUAAUCUCCUUCCCAAAAAAAAUUCAACUUUGGAUCCACAACUGUACUUUUAUCGGCAAUGUUACCAUAGGCCAACAUUUCUGUAAACAGCGCGAAAAUGUACCUAACGUUUGUUUUUAUCAGAUACUCAUAUAUAAUACUUACAUUAAAACAUUUAUGUAACACAAUAUAUUAUUAAAUUGAAACUGUAGACAAUUUUAUUAUACACAGAGUGAUCAACAUAAUAUAAGAUACUCGCAUCUUAAAAGAAAGUAUUAACUUUUUUUCGGAAUUUGUUUUUACAAAAUUUACAAAACAGCGAACUAUAUACAUAACCGUUAUAACCAUUCUAUUUUAUCACUUUGGUGUUUUGUCCCCUACAAAUUCUGAAAUAUGUUAACACUUUCAGGAAUAAUGAGUGUCUUGUACGUUAUUUAUUUAUUUUAUAUAUAACAAUACGGACAGAGGCCCAGAUUAUGUUGAUCACUCUAUAUAAUUGCAUUUAUGUGACUCAAUAAACACAUGUAAAUACUUAAAUAUUAUGUAAUAUAACACAUUGGACUAGAUUAAAUAAUAUUAACUAUAUUAUUUCAACUGAUUAUAGUAUAUAUUUAUUAUAUAUUUAAAUUGAACUGAUUAAGUUAUCAUAUAAUGUUACUAAUUGGUUGUAGGAAAUUAACUUCUCGAUUUAAAAUUAUACUUACCUACUCUUAAUAAAAUUCGUUGGCGAUUAUUAAUAAUAUUUUUUUUUUCGGAAAUGAUGAUAUAUUGAUUUGUGAAAAAUGUCUAUAAUAUAGGUACGCCUAUACAGGGUCUUUCAAAUUUCAUGUUACAGUCAAAUUUUCUAUAAAAUAGUUAUUUUUUCAAAAAAUUAUUCGCAUAAAAACUUUUGGGAAAGAAUCAGUGAGGUACCUAUUUUCAAUUUUCAAAUAACAAUAAACUAUAUGAAAAAUUCCACAAAUAGACGGAGUCGAGAAACAUUUUGGUAUUGAAAUUUUUGAUUUUCAUUGGCCCGUUAAAGAAAUAUUCCAAUUCUUUGAAGUUUAAAUAAGGGAAGAGUAUAUUAUAAUGAAAUAUCAUUUAUGUGGCAGCACAAUGGAUGGCAUUUGAGUAGUACUCGUCGGAUUGACGGGUUGACGGAAAUCAAAAAUUUCAUUACCAAAAUGUAUUUAAACUAAUACUGUAUAUAAUUAUGGAAUUUUUAAUAUAAUUCGUCAUAGAAAAACAAAAAAUCAGUUCACCCCAUCCUCCCAAACAUAAGAAUGAAAAACAAUUAUGAUAAUGUAGCAUUUUAGAAUAUAUGAUUGUAAACAUUUUUUUUAAAUAAGUAAUUUAUGUGAAAUUUGAAAUUUAAUAGACCCUAUAACAUAAACGUAUAGGUUGUCUUUUUAUAAAGUAAUACACACUAAACAAGUCUAAUACUGCUGGUGAAUAUGCCACUGAUUUAGAAGAUAAUUUAGAAGCGUUUGAAUGUGAAGAGUAAUUUAAUUUAUAUCUAAACACAGCGGUGAAAGAAAAACGAUUCUAAGCAGAGUAUUAUUAGUCGCAUUUUUCCUUUUGUUGCCAAAUUAUAACCUUAAAUCAAUGAAAACUAUACAAAAAAUUGGCAUUUUCCAAUUUAUUAGGAAAACUACAAAACAAAUUUUAAAAUAACCUCCCCGAUGUGCUGCCAACUAAAUCAAAUAUGCUACAAAAGGAUGUUAUAACGUUUUUGAUUGGAACGAGGUUUCCAGAACCCAUAGUUAAGUUUUUUACGUACAAUUAAAAAAUAUAUCAUAAUAAAAACCAUAACGAUAGUAGGUACCCGCAUACCAAUAUACAAUGUAUUUUGUUACUAACGUGUACUUUCAUUCAUAAUAAUAUGUUAUUAUCUUCUAGUCAAAAUCAGUUUUUUUUUCUUAUCUCGACGUGUAGUUAUAAAUUAAUUUAUCGUCCACGCGCAAAAAAACGUUCGAUUCCAAAGAUGGAAGAUUUAUUAUAAUUUAUGCACGCAUUUAGCUUUACAUCGUGAAUAAAAAAACCACAUCGCAGUUUAUAUUUGUUUAUUAUCAACUAUUACACAGCCUAUAGGUAUUAUUAUAAUAAUUAUAUAUUAAUAUAUCUAUUUUAUUUAUACACAUACAAUACAUGACACGAUAAUAUCUAACAACAAACCUAAAAAACGUGCCCGUAAUAUUAUUAUGCGAUUUCGAAACAAGCAAAAAAUACGUACAGAAUAGAACAACAAAUAAUUAUUACUUUGUACAUAACUGUGAUAAUUUAUUGUCGAUUUUUCAAAAAUAGCAGGGGGAGAGUGGCUCCAUUUCUCACCAAGUAAUGACACAUACCUAUAUUUACCAUAUUAUAAAAGUACUUAGCCACUUAGGUAUUAAAAAAACGCACACACGCAUAAAUAUUUGCCUAUACAAGCAGGUCACGAAAGCGUUAAUUUAUACUAAUGUUUUAAACUGGUUCUUGAACAAGCUCGUGAUUUUUUGAAAUCAUCGUUUUUUUUAUUUUAUUAUUAUUAUGAUUUUUUUUUUUACAAUCGGUCGUCCAAACUUGUACGAUCCUUGCAAGGUAAACGAUCAGCUGAAACAUUUAUAUUCAAUACAUGCAACACUAAAUCUGUUUAAAACACAAUAUUUCAAAUAAAAAAAAAGACUCCUUUAAAAAAAAAAAUUAUAAUAAAAGAAAAAAUAAUUUGAAUAACCACAAAUACCGAAAAGCAUAAUUUGAAAAAAAUUCAAUGGUGAAAUUCCAAAAAUGUAGAAAGCGCUUUCAGAAUUUUUUCCUCUUGGCUUAUUAUUAUAUAUGACGUGGUUUUUCAUUAUGACAAACCGGUAAAGGAUAUUUUAGAUUACAUAUUGUUAUACUCAACAAUGAUGUAUUUCUUCCAAAUUUUGAUCUUUUGAUUAAUAAUUAUUAUGCGUAUGCCUUUCCAAGUUUAUUAGCUAACCAUCCGGAAAUCGAUCGGACCGUAUCGACCUGUUUCCCUUCAAUAUUAAUUUUAGUAACAUAUAAUAUAUAUAUGCCAAUUUAUUUAUAAAAAAAAAUUAAUUAAUUAACGUAAAUAGUAAUAAUUAUUGUUAAAUAUUAUUUAAACAAAUCAGCCUCAUCUUCUAUCUCCCUCCUCCCACCGCCAUGACAAAAUCAUUUGACCGCCAUCAAUAUUAAUGUAUAGGUCAUACAGAUAAAAAGUUUCGAUUUUAUUUUUUUGUUUCGGAAAACGAUAAUUAUGUAUUUAUGACGUUUUUAUAACAUACAUAACAAUUAUAGAUUAUUGUACACCUACGAAUACGUCACAGUUCUUUCCUCGACGAACAAAAUUACAACAAAUGCCGAUGACGGAGUUUUGUGUGGGCCGUUAUUAUCGAGGAAAAAAUUUAACUCAAUUUUAUUAAUACGUGCGCAAGUAAUAAUGUACGAGUGUAUGCAUUAUUACUAGGGCUGUGAAUUUGUAGGAAAAUGCUUUUUUCUUUUUUAGCUGUUUAUGAAACGUAGCUUUUUAAGUACAUAAUUUGAAUUAUGUAACUACAAAUUCAUUUAUGAAACUUUUAUUUUACAUUUUUAAUUUUUAAGGUAAUUUUUUGGACUUUUUAAGUCAUAUUUUAUUUUUUAGUUCAUUUUCCGGUACUUUUAAUCAAAUUUCUUCAAUUAAAAUCUUUACACACAUAUAAAAACUAAAGUCUAUUAAACACCCAGUAAGGUAAUAUUUUGCUAAUUGCGUGUUCACUAAUAAAUUCAUAGUAAACGAACGAAUUAGUAUUUUUCGUAACAAAAUAUUUAAAUUUAUUUAGGAAAUACUCUCACUGGUGAAGUAGAGGUAACCAGGAAAAUUCAAAAAGUUAAUAUGAAGGUUAAUUGGUGUACCUGUUCAUGGAACUUUGUUUAAAAAAAUGUACAUAAAUCGGAUAUUCACUAAAAAUUACCUGAUCUUCCGAAUUCCACGAGGGUCUGCGUGUGCUUUUUAGAAUACCCAAGGGUGGAUUAACGAAUAGGCCAAGCAAGCCUGGGCCUAGGAGCGCCAUAAUUUUAGCUGUAUAAGGGGCGCACAUAUUUUUCUUCUUCCAUUUAAAACAAACAAUGGAAAUCCGUAAUUUCAUUGAAUUUUUAUUGAGUUAUAUCUUCAUAGAUGGUGUUUAAAUUAUGUGGUUGUAUAAUUAUUCUUAUCGGUUUUAUCUUAUCAUGCUCUAUGAUUAUACGAGGUCUACAACAACAUCAAAUUGAUGAAUGCAUUAUCUCUAUUAAAUAAAGAAAAUUAACUUCUUCGAAGCUUAGAUUAUUCUGAUAUUCGCUACCAGGAAAUCCAGAAAAAAAAUUAAUUGAAAUUAGCAUUUUAUAUAAAUAUAGUUACUAAGUAAUUAGUAAAUUUCUUCACUUUUAGAUUUUCAGAACCAAAUAUUUUCGUUAACGACCUCAUCUCGUGUUUUUUAGCGUUGUAUAUAUACCCCUGCAGACCCUCCAAAUGAAGCUAGAGAAAUUACAUGUUAUGACGUAUGACAAGUGUAAUUAUCAAACGUGCCUUUUGGUGGUUUCGACAUUCAAUUCACUCUAUAAUCAUUAUUACGUUGGGUUACAUAUGAUUAAUGGGUAUCUAUUGAAUAAAAAUAAUUAAUUAAUUAAUAAUUUAAUACAAUUUUUUAAAAAAAUGAAUUAUUGGCAUGGCUAACAAGUCGACUGGGGAAAAAUUCUACUUUCACGAGUGCUCACGGGUGUUUAUUUUCGAUUUCCUUUGUAGUUUGAUUAAUAAAAUAGGAAAAAAAGGGAAAUGUAUUAUUGUUUAUUUUUUGAUGAUUUCGGGAUUAUCUUGGGAAAAAAUGCUACUAAUUUUACUCCGUUCACAAUCGUUUUUUCGUUUGCAAUGGUUUAUCGUAACAUGGAGUACCUAUAUAAACUAAAUUACCUUGUUUAUCAUACCUUCCCAACAAAAAAACAUGUUUACUUGUAUUUUAAUUUUAUUUAAAAAAAUUUAAACGAAUAAGGAAAAUAACAAAAUGAUCAUGCAACUAAAAUUCAAUUAAUAUGACGUAAACGAUAGUACUUAGAUUAAUAUAUUAUGUUAACGAUGGCAGUGCCCACGUGGGUUCGGCAUUGAAAUUGAUUUUUAAUGUAUUGAAACGACAAAAAUCUUAAAAGUGUCAAAUUCCUAUACAUUUUCCUACGUGUUUUCCGGUUAUUAUUAAUUAGGUAUUAAAUAUUAGGAAAACUAUAAGGAAAAUCACAAAUAGUCUUCCUAAUGCACCAAAAAAAUCCAAAAUUCAUAAAAAAAAUUUCUUUUGCCGUUCCUUGAUUGGAGCAAGAUUUUCUGUCCACCGUUAUAUUGAACCACUAAUACUUUCUCGCUAUGCUCGGGAUCUAAAAUUAAAAAACAAAUACCGCAGUAAAACAUUGACAAUACAUUUUAUACAAAUAAAUUAUAAAUAAUACAAAUUCGAAAGUAUUAAAAUUUAAAUAUAAAUUAUAAAUACAUUAUAAUAAUUGCAAUACUACCUAUAUAAAAGCAACUUUUAUCAUUAUUAUUGGCGGUAUACCAACAAUAAUAUUAUAUUAUUAAGUAUUUACGUCAAUAUUGUAUUUAAUUAUGUCACGUAUUUACAUUGACCUAAUAAUAAUAAUAGUCGGUAAGUAUACGAUUUAGUAUACCUACUGUCAUUUCUUGCAUACCUAGUAACAAUAUUAUCAAUAGACAUCUAUCAAGUGGGUACAUACACGCAAAUAGCUCAAAUAUGUUAAGGAUUUAAAUUUAGCCCGAACAAGAAUCCCGAACAUGUAAAUUAUUUUUUACAUUGUUACUCACAAUUUUUUUCUUUACUUUUACUAUUUUAUGUACCUAUUAUUUAUUAUUUUUACAUAUUUAAUCUAAAUUAUUCGUUUAUUACCACAUGGAUGAUUCACACACUAAAAUGUCUUCCUAACACAUUCAAUUUUCAACUUUGCCACUAAAUGGCAUAUUAUUAAAGAAAAUAAAAGUGUAGAAAGUAAUGUAAUAGGAAAGGGGGGGGGGUAGGGAGUUAACUAGGCACAGUCAACGCAAUACGUGAGUAAACUAUGAUAGAGGUAGAGGCAUACAUGCAACUAUAGUAAUUUGGAUGAAAGAAAACAAAAUAUAUUUAUUAUAAGGUGAACACAAAGAGAAACUUUUUUAUUCUACAAGCAAUUUACAGCUUGUAGAUGGUAUAUAUGGUAUAUUAAAAUUAAUGCAAUUCGUUCACUCGUAAAGUAGUUAAGGCAGUGGUGUUUCAUUAUGAUUUAAUAAAAUACAUUAUUGUAUAUUUAUGAUAUUUAUGAUGUAUAUUUAUGAUAUAAUUGAUCAAUAGUCAAGAACACAAACUAUAAUUUUUCGAUCACUUUUUAUAUUUCAAUGUAGUUUUUCAGAAGUAAACUUACCUUUAAUUUGAUAAAACUAAUAAGUGUAAACAUUUAAAAAAAAAGGCAAUAGGGGUUUUAACCCUCACUCCCCUCUUAUGCAUGGGCCCGCCGAAAAAUCAUCAAUUUUGAUUAUCUAUAGGUUAACGGUAGAGAAAAAAAUAUAUCACCCCUCCUGAAAGGAUGACUAAAUACGCCCCUGCUGUUUGAUAAACUCCAUUAUAAGCCCUGAAAAGCGGAAAUAAAUACUUAAACAAUAUUUUAAAAAACCAAAAAAAGCUCUGUUUUAAUUUCAUAUUAGAACUCUUGAAUUUUUUUAAAACUACACUCGCGGAUUUGUAUUACUCCGUGUCCAGCGACGGCCGACGCGACAAGCAGAUAAAAUAACAAAAAUAAACAUAUAAUAAUAUCUGCUAUAAUAUUAUAAUACAAUAACGAAAUUAACUUAAGAAUCUUAUUUGGGGAGAGGGGAAAUCUGGGAUGUUGAUGCCGGCUUAAGUAAACACAAAGUCGAAAUUAUGUUAAGAAAAAAAGUUGAAAAAACUUAUAGUUUUUUUUGUUAAAUUUAAACCAUUCAUAAAAAGCGCUUUCAAAUAGCAUAAUGAAAUAUUUGAACUCUUUGUAUAACAUGACAUGCAAGUUUCCACAGCACACUGCUAGAUAUAAUGUCAAGCCAAAAAUAUAAACAAACGCAAUAAGUCUCCUGAACCAAAAAUUAUAUUUUUUAAUACAAAUUAUACGAAUAAAUAUUAUUGAUAAGUUACAGAAACAACAGACAGACAUGGCACUUGACGUGAUUUCGACUCAUCUGUAUCAUAUGGAAAACGCUGUGGAACAUCACGCUGAUCGUUUCGAAUCGCUACAAGACGGAUCGACCGCGAUAUUCCGUCGCGGCCAACCGUUUUAUUUUGGUAUUAAAUUCAAUAGACCGGUCGACAAGAUCAAAGACAUCGUCCGAAUCGUUCUCGUGACAGGUGAACUUAUAAUAUAUUAUUAGAACGUAUACACAAUAUUUUUGACUGAGCGGCCAAGAAACAUUUCGUGAGCAAAUAAUGAACGGCCUUUGAUACGGUUAUUUUCCGUCCAUUGCGCGCACAAUUUAGCUAUAAUAAUCAACAAAAUAAUAAUAAAAUAUAUUAUAUUUUAUCGUCGUUUUAUAAAUAAUCCUAUUCGGUUCGAAUAAUCUGGUCGGGGAAAAUAGAUAUAAAUCUAGACAUUUAGCCAAAAACAUACAAAAAGCAUUUAAAAUAAUAAUAUAAUGUAUUAUUAGAGGGCAUUUAAAUUAUGUACAGGUGGACACGGUUACAAAAAAAAAACAUCUAAAAAUGAAAAAAUUUGACGAUUUUACCAUAAAUCUAAAACUAAGAGAAGCCAGAAAUAUCUCCUUAUAUUUAAAAAAAAAUGGCACAAGUCCUAGUAAGCUGAAUUUAGGCCAAAUUAAAAUUAUAAUUUGUGUCUAAUAUUUAUCAACUAUUUUGUUUUUUUAUCAUACACACUUUAAAAAAAAAAAAAACACUAAUAUCUAUAAUAGUCACUAUUCUCACUUUUCUUGGUUCUAAGCCUAAUGUAUAGAGUGCACGGCUUUUACUAAUAUAUAAUAAUAAUUUAUUGUUCUUUUAUUUCUGUAGGACCCGCGCCAGCUCCAGCUAAAGGCACGAGCACGGCGCUAAUCGUCAAGGACAAAGAAGACCUGGUCGAAGACAAAUGGGACGCUCGUUUCAGCAACUUUACCGGGUCCACGGUCACUGUACAGGUCAGUUUGCGUAUAAUACACCACACCCUACGUAAUAAUAUAGUAUAGUAGUAGUAAUAUAGUAUAGUAAAGUAUAAUUAUAAUUUCGUGUUAAUAUUUUGCCAAGUACAUCACGUCGGAAUUAUUUUCCAGGUUCAAAUACCGCCAUAUGCACCGGUUUCCGUGUGGAAAAUCAUCGUGCACACGGCCCGAAAGGGCGUGGCCGGAGUCAAACAACACCGGGUUGAAACGGAGGUCUAUAUACUGUUCAACCCUUGGUGCCCGAGUGAGUUUUCUAACGAUUUUCCUCUACCGCAGAAUAUUAGGUAUACAAAUUUAACAAACAAAAAACAAAAAUAAUCGUUUUCUAGAUGACACUGUCUACAUGGACGAUGAGAUCAAGUUGAACGAGUACGUACUCAACGACGACGGUAAAGUGUGGCAAGGUACUUACAAAGAACCUAAAGGAUACCAAUGGUUUUUCGGACAGUUUGAGGCGGUCGUCCUACCUUCUAUCAUGAUGCUACUGGACAGAGCGUCUUUAUCACACCAGGACAGAGCCGACCCGGUAAAAAUGUCUAGAACAAUUUCUGCAAUCGUAAGUACACUCCGAUACGUAGUUAUGUUAGGUAUGUGUUAGGUGUAAUAGGUUAGAUCAAAAUACACACGAUUGGUUUCUUACGCGAUAAAAAGUUACCUAUGUAUUGAUUUACCAAAUGUAUUAGAUUCGUCCAAUUACAUCCCACGUGCAAGUAUAAACAUAUAAUUAUAUACUGUGUCGUUAAAUUGUUUUCCUAUGCCCUUUUUGCCUGUCGAACGCAGAUAAUAUAUUUUAUAAUAUUAGUAUCCUGAUUAACUACUACGAUUUAAAGUGAGGGAAGGGAUGAAGGGGGACGGAUUUUCUUUUUUGCUUCUUAUUUAAUUAUUGUUUAUGAAAUUUUGAAACUCGAAUUAGUUCUAUUAAAAAUAAAAUCUUUAAUAAACGCCCAUUUGAUUAUACAUCGAUAAUCAAAUUUUAUUUUAGUUCAUUUUUACUGAGCAGGUAUAUAUGGACGAUUUUUUUGGGAAGGGGUGCAGUUUAUUUUUAAACCCUAUUAACAUAACAUUUUGUUUAAUAAAUAUGUAUAGAAGAAAACAUUUUUGGAAGUCAUGACUCCAUGAUGGGUUAGGUUAGGCUAACGUUUAUUUGGGUUUAGUUAGCUCUCAGGAACUCCCCUCAUUUGUAGUAAAUAUAGUACCCUUUGAAGUUUUUCCACUUAAACCACUGAGUACAUUUAUUAUAUACACAGAGUGUUUUUUUGUUUAUCUUGAACUGGCAAUUAUCUCAGAGUAUUUUAAAUGAAUUUAAUUUCUGUUUUUUCUAAUCAUUAUGGAAUUAUUUAAGCUUUAUUUUAAAACUAUUUUUAAUUGUCUACCCCUACUCUAUAUAUCUUAAAUAAGUGCAUACUUUUGAUUUUGCAAUAGAAAUUCCCCCCCCCUUUUGAAAACUGAUUUGAAUAGAGAAUAUUUUUAUAGACAUUUUAAUAUGCAUAACACUAAUAUCAGAUUUACUGUUUAUGAGUUAUAACAGUUUAAGAUUUAGACCGGAAGAGUAGGGAAGGACAAUAAAUUGCCUAUCUAUAAAAAUCACCCUGUAUAUUGUAUAUUAUUUAUCAGACAUUCAAUGUUUCUCAGACUCAUGAAUAUUUAGAAAACUCUGUGAUUUAAAAAAUUAUAUAUUUUCAGACUAAUGCCGUAGACGAUUAUGGUUUAGUGGAAGGCAAAUGGGACGGUUCUUUCGAAGAUGGUACAAGCCCAUUUGCGUGGAUAAGUAGUACGCCGAUUUUCGAUGAAUUUUACAAUACACAACAACCGGUCAAAUAUGGACAAUGUUGGGUAUUUUCCGGAGUUAUUGUUACGAGUAUGUAUACCUGUAUAAUAUAUAUGUGUAUAUAGAGUUGGAUACGCGAGCAUAUUGAGGACCCACAAGGCCAGGCUUUUAAAAUUUAAACGCGGUUCGUGCUGGGGUUAUUUUGUACAAAUACAUCAUGUGGGUCUAGCCGGGCUUUUAAAUUUAAAAUUCAUUACGGGUCGGUCUGGGCUUUUUUAUGUACAAUAAUAUGCCGACUAUAGGUAAUUCUUAAAUUUUAAAUUCUAAGUGGAACGAAAAAUGUAUUGGUUUUACAAAGAUGUUUAUUAAGCAUUGAAUAAUAUUUUUAAACCGGGUGGGCUUUUAUAAACCCGAAUAAAAUCUUGGCUGGCUAGGCUAGAUCUUUACAUUUUAUGUGUUUACAAUUUUAAUAUUUGAAAUUCGUUAUACAUAAAAAAUAAAAUAGUAAUUCAAUUUUUCACACAUAUGGUAGCUACUACAUUGCACCUAUAUCUUAAAAGAUUUGAGUGGGUAUUUAUUUUAAACAUUAAUCGAAAUUUCCAACAAUUUCUCCUAUUUCGUUCAACCACUUUCAAUUUCCUAAUGUAUUUUUUCAAAAAGCCAAAAGAGAAUGACCCAGCUACUCCUCCUCCGGCUGCCUACAGGCAAUACAUACCUUUACCCAUAAUAGAUACUCAAUUCAUUUAUUUCAGUAUCGCAAUACUAAACUCAAUAUUUUCCAUAACAGUAUUAUGAUGCAAUAUACAACAUAAGUAAUUUCAUCUAAAAUACACAUUUAAGAUACUUGUUUCAAAGAUACUGUCUAACCCUGUUUAACUCUAUUAUAUAGGUAUAAUAAUACCUAUAUAGAUGUAGAAAAGAUUUUAAAUUGUUGAUAUGGCUCAGUUUGUAGAGCUUUAGGAAUACCGUGCCGGUCGGUGACUAAUUACAUAUCGGCUCACGAUACAAAUACUAGUUUGACCAUCGACAUGUACAUCGACAUAGCCGGAGAAAAGCUCGACAGCCACCCGGGAAGUUAUACUAACGAUUCGUGUUGGAACUUCCACGUAUGGAACGACGUCUGGAUGGACAGGCCAGACUUGUCAAAGGGUUACGGUGGAUGGCAGUCCAUAGACGGAACACCACAAGAGACCAGUGACAGUAAGAUUCGUAUUAUUACUACUAUUUUUAUUUAUUUUUUUCGGGUACUCGAACUUUUAUUCUACAUCACGUAAUUCGUAAUUGUAAUAUUCGUCCUAUGACGUAGAUAUACUUAUUGACUAUAUAUCUAUACCUAUUGAUUAAUUAAUUUUUUACACAUACACUCAAAAAUCUGUACAAUUUAACAAGACCCUCCCCUCCCAUGAUGAAACCGAUGAGAUGCAAUUUCAUAUACUGUGUGGUGUUCAUCGUAUCAAGAAUCAGUGGCGGAUUCAGGAUUUAAUUUUGGAGGGGGUUAUAGUCCAAAAUUCAGUGAUAAUAACAAUAGUUCAUACAAAAUAAACUAUGGCUAUUGAAUUAAUAAAUCUGAACUUAGGUCAAUGGGGGAGACAAGACCCCUCGAUCCCCUACCUUAAAUCCGCCACUGUCAAUGAUGUAAAGGGUUUCAAAUUUCAACAAUCACCCCUACCAUAAUUUUACUACUACCUAUUAUGAUAUUAUUGUUGUGUUCGGUCAUUCAUUGUUUUGUAUAGAAUAUUACUAUAAUACAAUAUAGGGGAGGAGGGGAAAUUAGAAAUUGUUUACAAAUUAUAAAUUUACUAUUUCUGUUUUGGUUUGUACAGUUAGAUGCCUAUAAUUAAAAUCAUCACAACUAACAAUAAUAUUAUUAUCAUAAUAACAUAAUUAUAAAUAUAGUUUAAAAAUAUAUUCGCAAUCGUUUUAUGUAUUGCAGGCAUGUAUAGGUGCGGUCCAGCGCCCGUCGAAGCGGUCAAACGAGGUGAAGUGAACAUCGGAUACGAUACUACAUUCGUUUACACGGAGGUUAGAGCUGACAUGUGCGUAUUCAAAGAAUCGGAAGACGGAUAUUGGUCAAGAGUGAAAACAUUACCGAACUAGUAAGUAUACCUUCAUUAUUAUUCGUUCCAAACAAAGAUAUUUUUCCAGACAGACUUCUAAAAGUAAUCCUAGUAUAGGACCUAUAUAGGCACUUGGCCUAUUUGAACUACUUGGCCCAGGUUAAUCACAUCCGGUAUUAAUGUAUUCAGUAUACGUAUCUAAUAUAUUAAAUUGUCAUUUACAAAAAGAAAAAAAUACGGAUAUACUUCGCACGAUGGAUGGGUCACUGUUAAAAGGUGAGAAAUUGGGAAGGUAGAGGGGAAAUUUAAUGUAGGUAUGUCUAUAUGACCAUACGCAACGAUUAGUCAUUGCUAAAAUGAGAAACGAUUCUUCUAAGCAGAGUUCGAUUACACAUAUUUUGAACGCCCGUAAUAUUUACGAUUUGAAAAUAAUACAAUUUUAUAAUUUUUUCCGUUUUUUUCUCGGCUUUUCUCAUUUAUUUUAAAAUCGCCGGGAAGUUCAAAAAUGACGAAAAAAUAAAAAUAAUAAACAUAAUUGUAAACCCAAUACAUUCCUCGUUCCACUCAGAAUCUAAAAAAUGAAAUCCACGUUUAUACAUUGUAUCCUGUGCUUAAUUCAUUAAUUCGCGGAAUUGACAAACGCUUAAAUCAAGAAACUACUUAAGUUGAGCUCCUCUACAUAAUGUUUCCCAAUUCGAACACUGAAUACGUCCUUAUCAGUAUGGUAACCUUAGUAUACCUAAUAUUUGGUAAGACAUUUUAAUUCACGCCAAAAUUGAUAUUUUUAAACAAGGUACAUUUUAAAGAAGUCAUAAAUCCUAAAAUAAUGAAAAUAAAGCUUUUUUUCAAUCAAACAAAAUUAUAAAAUUAAAGAAAAAUGUUGACAACCCCUAUUCUUUGCAAUACCACGAAUUCUGUGCUGUAUGUGAAAGAGUAUACAUAUACUAUGCAAAGCGUAGAACACAUUUUAAAACUAAACUUCGUUCCAAUAUAACACGGGGAUGUAUUAUUAUGGGAAAUAAAUAUCAACAUUGAUGAAGUAGUUGGAGAAUUUAAAAAAAUGGUUCCAUAUAUUAUCAUCCUCUAGUUUUAUAAAUAUUCUAUAAUCUUUUUGUAAUAUUCUCUUAAUUUAGCUAAUGUAUCUUUGUUAGGUAAUGUAUUAAUUAAAAUGUAUACCUCCUUGUUGUUUCAAUUUUAAUAACAUUUAAAUUUAAAUAAUUAUUAAAGUUAUAACAGAAUGUUAUUCAAAUAAAACAGCAUAUAAGAGAUAUGUUGAACCGAGAAAGUUUGACAUUCGAUUUUAAACAAAAGAAAAUAAUUUAAUUGAAAAUACUGAGAUUUAUAAAUAUAUUACAACUUAUAAGAUAAUUACUCUAAUUUUUAAGUAAAAAUCAUACAAACAAAAGUGUGUUCAAAUACACAAAUUAGUUUAUUUUUUUUUUAAUCUGAAUUGAUCGCGAAAAAUGGCCCAGUCUAAUAAAAAUGACUAUAGAUCCGCCUAUAUGUACCUAGCUACACAUACCAAAAAUAAUUUACGUAUAUUAUUUUAAUAUAUUUAUGAUCAAAAAAUAUUGAUAUAGGUAUUAAUAAUAAUUAUUAGCUAAUAAUAUAUAUAUAUGUAUGUUACUUGAUUUGUAUAGCGUUGGAAAACUAAUCGUGACGAAAAAAAUCGGAGAAAUAUUACCCGGAACAGACGACAUGGAAGACAUAACAGACAUCUAUAAAAAUCCGUUUGGUAAGAACGAAAAUGAUUUUUAAUAGGUAUCAAAAAUAUCAAGUAUGCAAAAUGAGCAAUAAUUAAACAAUUAUUAGCAAUAGUUAAACGAACAAUAAUUUUAUUUUUCCCGCCUGAGUUCAGAGAGAUAUCAUGCAGAAUGAACUUUUAAGAGUUUAUUCGCAGAAAUUAUAAAUUUCUUAUCAAAAUAUUAAUAAGUUUAAUGCAGUGGUUCCCAAUCCUAACUGGUGAUCCAACCGUUUCAAUCCACCUAUUAAGUGUUAUCUUUUCAAUAAUUACCAUAGAGAAAAAAAAGGCCAACAAAGUUAAUUUCCAAGCGGUCCACGGCCUAUCAAAAGUUCUCUAAGUAGUCCAUAGUGUCGCUAAGUUGGAAAACAGAGUUGUUUGACAAUAAUACCCAUUGGCGAUGUUUAUGUAAAUUUAGCAACAAAUUAUACUAUAAUACUUACAAUGUACUAUACUCAAAAACCACCAAACCAAUUGCAAUCAAAUUUUGCACACAUAUUCCUUAAGACUCGGGAAGGGUUCAUUUUUCAACCUCUAUAGUCUAAAUGUCAAUAUAGGGUGGCUCUCACAUGAAUUUCGUUUCAGCUCGAAAAAAUCAAAUUUGUAUAUUUUUUUUUUGUAUAAUACAUGGUCGCAAUUGGUUACAGAUAAUAAAAUAAUUAUGACAAGACAUAAUCUAUUCUAUUUAUAAAUUAUUGUGAACUUGAGUGUUCUUGGUAACGGCCAGUCUGAGAAGCCACUGCACCGAUUAAUACUGCAGCGCACGGGCAAUGCUCAGCGGGACAGCUAUUCGUGGUCCGGAAAAUAAAUGAAUUUAAAUGCAAUUUCAACAUUUACGGGCAACAAAGGUUAACUGCAGUGAUAAGGCCAGGGAUGUAAACGGGAAAUCACGGGAAAUACGUUUUUUUUUUUUAUUUAUAGUGUUUUUGGUGUCUAAUACAAAACAGCUAGUUAUUAAAUAUAAUAUACAAUAUCAAACAGUAUUAAUAUAAUAAUAUACAUGCAUGCAACAAACGUGUGCCUUAUUUUAGCGCCACAGAAUACUAAAUCAAUACCUAUUUAUACCUAUAUUGUAUAGGACCUACUAUGGCGAGGUCACCGCAAACAGAAAUAAUUACCUAUCCGUCGAUCGCCGACGCUUUAAUAUUAUGAUGUGUGCAUGAAACAGACGGGCGAACGAAAAUAAAUUUUGAAACAAAUACCAUGCAUUAUAAUAUAAAAUAAUGAAUAAAAUAUUUUUUUCUUUCUCUCAUUAGUUUAAAGUCGAUUUUUAAUAACGGUCGGGAACGUUUAUGCAGCCAUUUCUCUCUACGCCGCCGGUACACUCAAUUAAAAUAUUAUAUUUAAUGAUGUAGGCAUUACAAUAUUUAAAUUUAAAUACUAGGCAGGCAUUAGAGGUAUGGCUAUAACACUAUAGGUACGACGUUUAUCAAAGAAUAUUUUACAACCGAAAAUCACUCAUGUCAAAAACAUAAAGUAGGUAUAAUCGUUUUUAUUCGACCUUCGUGAUACUGUCCUACCUUGUGGUACCUAUUGAACGGCGAUUGCGAUUCAAAUAUUCCGAGAACGAAUAUACGUAAUCCAUACGAAUGUAUAAUUAGAUGAACUGCAAUAAUCCUACUUGAGGUCAAUCUCUUUGUAGGUAACAAAUAAAUAAUACAUCACUAUAAAGAACCUGACUGUAUAAUAAUUAUCGCGUUCGUUGUUUAAAAUGAAAAUUCGCGACAAUAUACCUACCGAAAUUAUGUAGCCCGUUAAAAUAUUUUUUUCUUUUUAUAUACCUAUAUGGGAAAUGCCCAUCUACACCUAUACAUCGUAAAAUUGUUUUAGACUCGCCGGAGGACAAGAUGGCCGUAAAAAAAGCCAUUAAAAUGGUUCCGAUCGCCCAGCAGAUAUACGACGUAGAAGAAUCUCAAAUCGAAGAUGUCGAAUUGAAAUUGUUCGACAUCGAACAAAUCACACUGGGCGAAAGUUUCAAAAUCGCCAUUAGUCUACACGUGAGUGAAUAUGAUAAUUUAAUGCGUGAGGUGUUUCUACAUUGAAUUAUAUUAUUUACGGGAGAUCGCGUCCUUAUUCACACGACUGCCAAAAAAAAAAGUAGUAUGGUAAGUUUUUAGGGUGAAUGUUUGUGUGUGGCUAUGUGUGAUGCAUAUAUACAUUUAUACGAAUAAUUAUUCUGCUAUAACUUUUGAAUGCUUUAGCCGAUUUCGAAGUGUGUGAAAUCGUUAGAAUCCGUAAACCAUCCCAAGUUUUAAAAUGUCAAACUAUACGGUGCAAAUCGUUUGCACACAUUUAAAAUUAAUUUUACCAGCAAAUAGACGAUUCGUUUGAGCACUGUAGUAAUACAAAAAAUAAGAAAAAUUAAAAAAAAAGGUCGACCACUAAAAAAUAGUGUUAUGUGUUGAUUUGAAAUUUUUAUAGAAAUAAUUAUAAUGAUAUUUAGUGCGAAAGAAUGAUGACGAAACGGCGGCAUCACCAAAGGGCCGAUUGAUAUUGUGUACCUAAUGCUUAAUUUUAUUUGACUCAUAUUUAAAUGUUCUUAAUGAAAGUAAUAGAUCAGAUAUUGAUUUUUCUCGAAUGAUAAAAAAAAAAAACCAUUGGAUUUUGUGGGCGUAAAAAGACGGAAUACAUGGCCUUCGCGUCGAUGUCAAUAUAGAAUAACUAAUAAACGAAUUGCGAGAAUAAGAUAAUAUACAGUAGUAUGAUUGAGGCGGCAGUGGUUUCAAAGGGCCGCAGCAGAUGGCAUGCAGUUCUAUUAUAUUUGACAAAUUUUAAAUUAUUUUGCUUGUAGAUAAGCUUGUAUCCCUCUCGAAUAGCGAACAAUCCGUCAUAUUUAUUAAAUUAUUUACAUUUUGUAAAAUACCAAGUACUCGGCCACAUUUGAAUCUUUCAGUUACAUUUUUGUAAUGAUAUAAAUGAUAAAUAAUUAUACAUGUAUAUUAUGUUGUGUGAGCAUAACAUUACAGCACAUUCAAAAAUCAACAUUUUUAAAUAGCAUUUAUUUCAUAUUCUACGUGAUAAUGUAUAUUGUAUACACAUAAUAGUACAGUACAUAAAGUGCUACGAAAACCGUCUAUCUUUCAAAAACAUUAUACGGGUAGGUAAUAAUCAGUUUUACGCUAUUCAUCCACAAAUACACAAAGUAAUCGACAUAAUUAUUGAAAUUCAAAGUAAAACUGAUUUAAAGAUUAAUUCAUUUAACACUAAAAAUCAUCAAUUUUAGAAGAAAAUAGACAAUAAAUAAGGAGGUAUAAGAAAAGAAAACCCAACCAAACUACAUACACUUUUUGCAGUGUGUUAGACCUUAUGACCAUAAAAAUCAUAAACCAACUUCGCUCAUAAUCAUUUUCAUUUUCACUAUUUCUAACGGCAAUCAUGUUUUUUAAUUUGUUUUAGUUAUUUAUUUAUCUGUAUACUAUACUAUAUUAUACCUACAUAUAUAUAUAUAUAUAUAUAUAUUUUAAUAUAGAAUACGUCGACGGAACAGCGGACAAUUUCUGUCGUUCUUUCCGCAUUGUCGAUACUGUACACCGGAACCACAAUCAACAAGGUUAAAAGAAGCCAAGCCAACAUAGUUCUAAACCCUAACCAAAGUAUGUAAUUGUAUUUAAUGUAGAUAUUAAAGAUUACAGUAAAUUAGAAGAUUAACCAAUUAACGUGGGUAUUCAAUGAAUUGAGUAUAGGACAUAUUAUAGUAUAUAGAUAUUGAAUAAAUUGAAAUAAAAAUGACAGUAUAGGUGGGUACUUAAGUAACACAAAAAUUAAAACGUUAAAUUGACGUUUAGGAAUCAAUAAAAUAAUUAGGUGGUUACCUAUCUAUAGUAUCUAUAGUCUAGAAGUAGCGUGUACCUAGGCAUAGAACAAAUAAUUAGAGAGAGGACAGAUUUAUAAACCUGUUCUGGUAUAAUAUGAGUAGGUAUAUGGCGUAAAUACUUAUGAGCGCAUUUAUGAGAGAAGGGAAAACAGUGAGUUAAUAAGGAUUCACCCAAGAAGAUGGAAAUUCUUCGGUUUAUGAAUCAAAACAUACAUUUUCGAUACGAUAUCACGUCACUCUUUAAAUAUUAUAUAGUAACUAUUCAAAUUUUUGUCAAUAUCAAUCAACCUAUACACCCAUUUGGCCCACGUUAUUAUUUUAAUACCUACAUAAUAUGUUGAGUUUGCUACGAACCAAUUACUGUUAUAAAACCUAACCUACUGUCUUAGGUGAAAACAUCCACGUAUACGUGAAACCAUCUGAGUACAUGGACAAGCUGUCGGCGCAUAGUUUGAUAAGAAUAACGGCCGUAGUUAACGUCCAGGAAACGGGGCAGUUGUGGAGCCAAGACGACGACUUUGCCGUACAAAAGCCGGAACUGAACAUUGAAGUAAGUGAAAUAUUAUUAAAGAAUUUGUUUGAUAUCCAGUACGUAGGUAAUACCUACAUGUUUGGUGUUAUAGCGCUAUAAUACUGAAAAAAUCUAUAACGGCACGAUGUCAGAGCCCAAUUAAUGAGAAAGAAAAAAAUACCUGUUUAGUGUAUAUGUAUAUUAAGGUGUUUAAAGGUUUAUUUUUUUAUUAGAUAUUCUUCUUUUCAUAAUAUCAUGUUCAUUAGAGUUUAAUCAUUUAAGGUCACAAGCAUCGUUUUUAGGAAAAAAGUGGAAUUAUUUUAGUUUUUAAUUUUAUAUAAUUAGGUAAUAAUUUUUACGACAAAAUCAAAAAUUACCAGAAAAAAAAACAAAUUAAAUAUUUUACAUUUUACUACUCAUUUAGACUUUUAAAACUUAAUUUUUUAAUAGUUUUGAUAAAUCAACCAUUGAAACCUCCAUUAAAUAUUUUUUUAGAGGUUGGAAAUGCUUUAAAUCAUUAAAUAAUUCAUCAUUUAGUUACCGAAAGAAUGGUUACACUUGUAUAACAAGUUUCACUUAAAAUUACUUCAAAUAAAAGUAUUUUACAAUUAUGAAAUGAGUAUGAAAUAAAUAUGAAUAAAAUAAAAAAAGGUACAAUAUUAAAAAACAAGAAAAAUCCUAAAUUUUUUUUUUUUUUUAUUAAUGCAGAUCAAAAAACAAUAGUUGCAUACAAUAAAUCUUAAAUUUCGUAUAUUUAUGUAUAUAUUAUUCAGUGGCGUGCGUAGGGGGGGGGAUUUAGAUGUUAUAUCCUCUCCAUUAACUUAAAAUGUAAAAAAUAUGAGUAAUCUAACAUUGAAAUGCAAGCCAAGUCGAGAAAAACUCUGUAUUGAUUAGUAAUGUAAUUAGUUUGUAAUUGGUUAUUUUUUAUGAUCCAGCUUUUAAGUUACUAAUUCCCAUAGUCGAAUUGGAUAGAGAAGACGAUUUUCGAUACUUAUUUACUACUCCCCUUCCUAUUGAAAAUUCCUGCGCAAACCACUGUCUAUAUUUUUCUGCAAGUAUAGCCAUGGUACCACAAUAAUAAACGACUUUUGUCAAAAAGUGUUAAAAAUAGUUAUAAAAGUGUAUAAAAAGUUAUUAAAAAUGUUGUAAAUAAAUCAUAAUUGUACAAUCUAUUUAAUUAUUUUCUAAAUCUUUUUUUUAUAUAUAUAUAUAUAUUUUUUUUUAUUUUUAUUUUUCUUCGAAAAUAUAAACUAGAUAUCAUGUCUAUUGUAAUAUAUCUAUAAUAGGUACUUCUAAUGUACUAUCUUUUUCAUGCUACUUUUGUACACUUCUAAUAACUCUUUCUGAACCAAAUUAGUUCAAACUAGGGAAUAAUAGAGUUAUUAAAGGCAGACAAAAGUUGGGUUGAGUUCUAAUUCUAGAAAUUUAUUGCAAGAGGGAGGGGGGGUUAAGCUUUGAACGACCUCACAGACCACCCAAAUGAAACUAGGAGAUACAAGUUUGUAUAAUAUGCAUGAUAUUAUUAUUAGUCCUUCUUAAUCUAACUCUGUAUAUUACAUAUAAAAUAUAACUUUUUUUUUACACAAUUUGCAGUUAUCCUCAGAGCCGAGAGUGGACGAACCAUGCGUGGCAACCUUCUCAUUCAACAACCCACUAUCCGUUGCCUUGACCGAAUGCACAUUCAGCAUCGAAGGUCCGGCAAUCCACAGAGUUAUCAAAUUCAGGUAGGUUAGAACUAAUAGAUUAAAAUACAAUAAUACCUAUAAAUUCAGGACUUGCAUAAAAAAAAUUCAAUAAAAAUACAAUUAAAAAAAAUACAGCAUGUUAUAAAUGAAACUUAGUACCUACUUAGGUCCAAGUUAUAAUUUUAAUAAAAUUUUUGAAAAAAUUAAAAUAUCUUUCGGUUCUAGUUCUGAACAAUAUUAUGACAAAUUCGGAAUCACAGUCUGGAUUUCAAUUACAUAACCCAAAUUUAUGGAUCCAAUUCGUCAAUCUAGAUCUCGGAUCCAAUCCAUUAAUUUGUCUAAAACGGGCUAGGUACUAAAAUAAUAGAAACUAGAUAGAAGGCAUGUACUAGAGACCUGCACGGGUCUCUAAUUUCUAACCCUGCCAGACCAGCGAGGCUAAAAAGUAGUCUGGCCCUGCCUCAUUUUGUUGUAUGUGUAUAAAAGUCCACGUUUGUUUUAAUUUGAAUUUGAUACUCAGCACUAUGCUUUAUACCUAGAAUACCUAUAGGUACUCAAGCAUAAUCUUGUCCCUCAAAAAAAUUGUACAUAAAUAAAAACCCCCCCGAACCUCAUCACAGUAAUGUUUAAAACAAAAUACAUUUUUACCCCUAAUUAUCUGUAAACUGUUGCAAUUUUUUUUUUUAAUACCUUAUUUUGAUGAUUUUAUAUUAUAAUAUAAAUUUUUUUGAAAAUUUACACGAAACAAUAACAUUUAAUUUAUAUGUAUGUAGGCAGGUACAUAAUUUUUUUAAAAUAUUUUGGAAGAAAACAGAAAAAUAUUGUUAGUAAGUACAAAUAAGUAGUAGGUUCUUUAUAUUGUGUAAAAAUUAAGAUUUCCAAAAGUUUUUGUAACCCAAUAAUGUAGUUAUAAUAUUAAGUAAAUUAUAACCACAAAAGCAUAAUGAUAAAAAUAAUUAUAGAUAUCAUUUUAAUAAUAAAUGCAUUAAAGGGGAAAUUCUAAGACAUAUCCUAAAGCUAUAAUUCAUACAAAUAACCCCAUAUAUAGUAUAUAUUACAAACUUUAAUUUUGGUUUUUGAUCAUUACUUAUUAUUUUGCAGGAAUGUACUGCCUAAUGAAAAGAAUGUCACACACAAAGAAAUGUUUAAGCCAGAAAAAGAAGGACAGCCAACUGUCACUGUGUCUUUUAAUUCAAAACAACUCACAGACAUAAAAAAAACAAUAACCACAACAGUACAAUUAUAAAUAUGAUACUGAUUCAUUAUUUAAAAAAGUUUUUAUACCUAGACAAUGUAUAUUAUUACUUACUAAUAUUAAUAUUAUAAGUUUUUAUAUUGCAUUUAUGGAUUAACAAUGAAUAUUGAAAUGGCUUUACAAAAAUAAAAAAAUGUUAAUUUUAAUUAAUAGUUUAUCUAUAAGUGAAUCUUAAAACAAUAUUUCAAAUAUAUUUUAAAAAAAUUGUUUAUUUGGUAUUUCUAUCAUUUUCCAUUUAUAUAUUCAAAAUCAGUGAAUAUAGUAUAAGCACGCUUGAAAUGUGUACAAAGGUUCUUAAAAAAAUAACCUAACAGCUUUCCAAUGGGUGCCUAACUGCUUACCUACAUAGAUAAGCAAUUAACCUAAUCUGCAUGUGCAGGUUUCAAUUUUUGUAAACUACUACACCUAAUAGUAAAGAAUAAAAAGUACUUUAUAUAAUGUCUCAUUAUUAAUUUAUUUUCUGAAAACUUAAAAAUAUUAAGUUAACAUUAAGCUGUAGCCUUUAAUACUUAUAUUAUACCAGUAUUUUGUUGAGUGUAUGCAAAAAUUAAAAAAAUAUGGAUUAGGUCAAUUAGUGUAUACAACUAUACAGUUUAUCAAGAUCUAAAUCAUUAAUAAAACUGUAGUAAUACAAAAAAUAGGAAAAAUAAAAAGGGGAAGCAAAUAAGAGGAGUUAAAAGAGAUUUAAACGGGGAAAUAUUAAGAGAGUCGUGGUUAAGGGGAUAGUAGUAGACUUAGGACAUUAAGUAUAGAAAUAGAAGACAAAUAUAUUUGAAAUUAUAGAAUAAUCACGUAAAAAUACCUACAAAGAAUGAAAUAUAAAGGAGUAGGUAUAAAAAUGUGCUUAUAUAGUGUGAAAUAAUCGAUCUAAGUUUUGGUACUACAAAGAAUGAUUAAUCUUUAAUCAUAAUAAAAGUUCAGCCUACUAGUUUUAUUACUACCUUCCUUCCUAUGUUUGAAAGGGUUUCGAAGUCGUGAAUCCGAGAAUGGUAACGAAAUCAAUAACUAAAGAAAAAUAUAAUUAUAUUACCUGCCCACGGUGUUGGAAUACUAUAGUGUAUACUUAUGGAUAACCUCAAGUGAACCUGGAGUCGUUGGACGGCAAUCACAAUUUAAUUAAGAUAAACUAAUUUAAUUAAUUAUCAUUUAACACCUGUGUGCACUCAGAUAAAAAAUGCUAAUUUUUAAAUUAGGAAAAUAAAAGGUUGAAUUACAAAGUGAAUUAAUAAAUAAAUCGAACACGAGUGAUUAUAGCUGCUAAAAGUCGGAGCUAGCUAUUCAAGAGGGAUCCUGGAAAGAAGUUGGUGAAGCGUAGUUGUUGCUGUGUGCAGAAUUCUCGACAGAGUGUUCGUCUUGGGGUUUCUCGAGGGAUCAAGACGCUUCAUUUUCAAUUAGAAAAAACCAUUCAAUUUUAUGUGUUUAAAUAAACCAAAAAAAAGGUCGACCACUAAAAAAUAGUGUUAUGUGUUGAUUUGAAAUUUUUAUAGAAAUAAUUAUAAUGAUAUUUAGUGCGAAAGAAUGAUGACGAAACGGCGGCAUCAUCAAAGGGCCGAUUGAUAUUGUGUACCUAAUGCUUAAUUUUAUUUGACUCAUAUUUAAAUGUUCUUAAUGAAAGUAAUAGAUCAGAUAUUGAUUUUUCUCGAAUGAUAAAAAAAAAAAACCAUUGGAUUUUGUGGGCGUAAAAAGACGGAAUACAUGGCCUUCGCGUCGAUGUCAAUAUAGAAUAACUAAUAAACGAAUUGCGAGAAUAAGAUAAUAUACAGUAGUAUGAUUGAGGCGGCAGUGGUUUCAAAGGGCCGCAGCAGAUGGCAUGCAGUUCUAUUAUAUUUGACAAAUUUUAAAUUAUUUUGCUUGUAGAUAAGCUUGUAUCCCUCUCGAAUAGCGAACAAUCCGUCAUAUUUAUUAAAUUAUUUACAUUUUGUAAAAUACCAAGUACUCGGCCACAUUUGAAUCUUUCAGUUACAUUUUUGUAAUGAUAUAAAUGAUAAAUAAUUAUACAUGUAUAUUAUGUUGUGUGAGCAUAACAUUACAAAACACAAUAGGUAGAUAAUGAAAAAAAAAAAUAUAAUUCUAUAGUUAGUUUAAUAUUAUUAUGAAUAAUAAUCAUACUAAGAAGCUAAGCUAAAGUUUGUUAUUUGCAUAGAAAUAUUUAGGAAGAUAAAAAUAAUUAUUUAAAACUAGAUAUUAUCUAAUAUAAAGAUUAUAAAAAAAAUCUAAACAUUAUAAAUACAUAUAAAAAAUAAUUCUACUUAAUAAUUAUUGUUAUAAGUACCAUUUGUCUUAGUAUAUUUCGUAUAAAAAUAUUAUGAAAAUAUUUUAUAAAAAUGUAAAAAAAAAAAAUAUAAUAAUAUAUAAUUGUCUAUUUUUUUUUUAUUAUUAUUAUUAUUAAUAAUCGUAAUAAUUAUCAUCUACUCUGUGUUUUUCAAUGUUCCCACUGAGUGUGGGAUCUGGUCGUCUUCUUUUGAAAAAACCCAAUUUCCACAACAGCAAUGUUAAACAUAUUAACAAAAGGAGACCUAUCAAAAUUGCUAAUAUAAUUAUCCACCAAGGAAUUGAUUCACUUUCUUGUUCCAACAAAUCUACUUUGGCAAUUGUCUCCACC